GACGACUUCCAUUCAGGGGGACGUAAUUGUAGGAUCUACAUUUGCAACCUUUGACCCGACAUGGUAGUAGGAUCGGCCGCUCUUGACAAUGUCUCUGCCAAGAUUAACGAAAGCAUUUCUACGCUUACCAUGUUGCUCAUUGGGGGCUGUAGCAUCAUUUCGUGGUAAACAGCAAAGGUUGUCGUUGCUUGUUGACGUUUUGGAAAGACAUCAACUUUGUCGUCACCUGUCAACGAUCAAGCCAAACUUAGCUCCAGCUAAUCAAAGUAGGACUCAAGAGGGCGCUUCAUCCGAUACCUCCGACAUACCAUCUGCGUUUGGUCAUUUAUUAUUGAUUAUUCCGGCAGCGGCAUUUUGUCUUGGAACGUGGCAAGUAAAGCGUCGGAAGUGGAAGCUGAAUUUAAUUCGCGAUAUGGAGAUGAGGACAACUGCUCCACCAGUUGCACUCAAAUCAAUUGACACAGACGAUCUUGCAGCUCUCGAGUACCAGCGUGUUAAGGUCCGAGGAGAGUUCGACCACUCCAAAGAGGUCUUAAUUCUACCACGCACCUUGAACAAACCACCGCAAGGAGACGCUGGUAGUUUAAUAUCAAGGGGAGAACCAGGCGCUCAUGUUGUCACGCCGUUCUACUGUCCAGACUUGGGAGUGAGCAUUUUGGUAAACAGAGGGUUUGUUUCCAAAUCUUUGACUGAUCCAGCUAAAAGACAAAGGGGCCAGAUUUCAGGGGAGAUCGAGCUAGUUGGUCUUGUGCGCAAAACAGAAAAGAGGGCAGCAUUUAUGCCCAAGAAUGAUACACAGCGAGGUCGUUGGCAUUACCUUGACCUUGAAGAGAUGUCAAAGGUCACCGGAGCUGAACCUGUUAUGAUUGAUGCAGACAGCUCGUGUGAUAUCCCAGGUGGUCCUAUUGGAGGUCAGUCAAGGGUCACACUACGGAAUGAGCAUCUUCAGUACAUGAUAACAUGGUACAGUCUCUCCUUCCUAACUGGUCUGAUGUGGUUCUUUGGAAUCUACAAGAAAAGACGGAUGCUCAGCAAACCGGCUCUGUAGACAGUCUGUAGAAUGAAAAGUCCACAAGCCCAGCAUCUCCAGUCAUUCUGCAGUAUUGGAUAGUUGCUGAUGUAGGACCUACAUAAGGUCUGUAGAGAUUCUGUAGCAAAGGACCAAGUUGCAUUUGGCUUUAUGGUACUCAGUAUCGUUUUGAAACGAUUAUGUAUUUGCGGAGGACAUUCUGUAACACCCAAGGUCUGCAGUACUUCAUUCUGCAGAGCUUUACUGUGAGCUGAUUUUGCAUUUUGGAUUAUAUGGUGACGUUCUUCUAGUGACUAAUUGGACUGUAAAACUAUGGCCCUCAUUCUCUAGUGUUAAAUCUACACCCAUCCUCAUGCUUGAGAAUCUAAUUGCAGUUUUGGUCAGGGAUUUUAAUCUGAGAAAAGAGAGCAGUCAUGAUGUGUUAUUUCAAGCUUACCUGUUUUUGAGACCGUGUUUUGGCAAAUCUUGGAGGUUGACGGCCUUGUAUUUCGAUAUUGAAGGGGCGCAGCUAUUCCUUUUCUGGCAAGGGCACUUCGAUGAGGAAAAUGUAAAUUUGUAAAUGAACUUUCCCAAAGGACACCACAGCAAAAUUACGGGGCACCAUGACAACAUUUUUAUCAGUGACAAAUUAUGUGACAAAUUAAGCAAGAAACCUUUUUUUUUUUUUGCCUUUCGUUUGAAGCAAGUUGUAUUUUCGGGACUUAAUACGCUUUGAUAUUAAUAAACUAAACUUCAAAUGA